AAUCACACCUAGCUUUCUUCUCUAUAAAUCUUACCCCAUAUUUACUCUCUUCUUCAAACACUAACUUCUCUCUCUACAACUUUCUCUCUCUAAAACUAUCUGAUCAAUAUGCCAACAAUUUUGCUAAGAAUUUCCAUUCUUUAUAACCUUCUCAAUUCUUUCAUCUUCUCUUUACUCCCCAAGAACAAGCUUUUCACCUUCCUCUUCCCCUCUAACCCCUGUAAUAAUUUCACCACCACCCACCAAGAACAAGAGCAUGAGCAAAUUCAACCACCCUCUGCUUCAAAUUCUGUCACAAUGGAGUCUCCAUCCACUAAUAAAGAGCUAAAAAGGGUAUUUCAGAUGUUCGACAGGAACGGGGAUGGUCGAAUAACGAAGAGCGAGCUCAACGAUUCCUUAGAGAAUCUUGGAAUUUUCAUUCCGGAUAAAGAACUGUGUCAGAUGAUAGACAAUAUCGACGCGAAUGGCGACGGGUGUGUUGAUAUCGAAGAGUUUAGCGGGUUGUAUCGGUCUGUAAUAAGGGACGAGCAGAAAAAUGAUGAAGAAGACGAUGAAAUGAGAGAAGCUUUCAAUGUGUUUGAUAAGAAUGGUGAUGGGUUUAUCAGUGGCGAUGAGUUGAGAUCUGUUUUGGAUUCUCUUGGUCUUAGACAAGGCGGAUGUGCUGAGGAUUGUAAGAAGAUGAUCAUGAAAGUUGAUGCUGAUGGCAAUGGUCUCGUUGAUUUUGUGGAGUUUAAGGAGAUGAUGAAAGCUGGUGUUUUUACUGCUGCUUCUUAGUUUUUUACUCUAGCUUUUGUAAAUAUUUUUGGAUUCAUCGGACUGCAGUCAUUUUGCCACGUGGAUAUCUUGCAUUGGACACUCAAUUGUUUUGGUGGAUGAGGCUUGGCCAUUGGGUCGUUGACACGUGUCGAACACAUCUAUGUAUAGCCAUGUCAGCGUUGUUAGUUUCUGACAUGGAGGAUGGGAUGCAUCUGGGACAAUUUGGGAAGAAUUGGAAAUUAGUGGCACCAAAAUUGAUUAAAUUUAUUUUUUGAGGGUGUGUUUGUGUUUUUUAAACUUUGUAGGAAUAGCUUAGUGGGUUACUGAUUGUUUCUGAUAUCUCAGUAUUAAUACAUUUCUUCUUAAUUACUA